AUGACACGCCACCACCGGCCCACGACGCUUCACCUCGCCACUGUCCUCGCGCUGCUGUCUGUCACCACGAACCUGCCCAGCCUAAUGUUGGUCCCCGGCGUUGCGGCAGUAGAGGACCUAGAGGCUGAGGACGUCCCGCCCGAGUGCGCUCAGGUUUGCGCGCCUAUAGUACAGCUUACGGCGCGGUGCGAGGCACAGGUGGAGGCCCAGUUCGGGAAGGACAAGCGGGAUCUACCGAUUCGACAAUACCAUGAUGGAUCGGUCAAGGACAGGGAUGUCAAGGGAAGGACAGAAUGGAGAGGGGAUGGUAAGAAGAGAAGGAGGAGGAAUCUACAGAGGAUGCUGGGUCGGAGACUCAGCGGGAGACAGGAGCCGGAGUCAGAAGAUAGCAGCGACGACGAAGAGGAGCCCACGGCGAGUCUGGCUCCGGGGUCGGGCUUCGCUGCGGUGCCUACGUUGGGCGUCGGGCGCUCAGCGAGCGCGGAGGAUGCUGCGGAGGAGGCUUCCAAGAAGGCUGCUGAGGCGGCGGCGAAGAAUGCUUCGAGGGCAUAUCAGAGAAAUCAUUGGAGAAUGCGGCUUCGUUGCCGCGCCGGCCGCUCCGGUCCCGGCGCCGCCGGUGACGAUUUCGACGACUACAACUUCAUCUCCGCCGAUAGUCCCACCGCCAGUGUUGAACCCAGCCGUGACAACAACGUUGCCGGCAAACUUGGCCCCCGCGCAACCCUUCCCAUCGUCGUCUACCUCUUCGUCCUCGUUAUCGGUACCCCUUCCCCCAGCGCCUGCUAUACCACCCGCCAUCCAGACAUCUACCUCAACAACUGCACCCCCGCCGACCAUUCCACCCGCAGUUCAGACUCCAUCAGCCUCACCUACUCCCCCGCCGCCAUCCGUUACCCCCGUUAA